AUGCCUCAACGGCGUAGUUUCGGCACAGAAAUUAGUGCAAAUCGUCAAAGAGGUCAUCAGCACAGUCCUGAAGCCAAGGCCUCCAUGCUGACAAUACUGGAUGCCGGUGUAUCUGCCCGGCGUGUCGCGCAGGAGUUUAACACGACGCAUUCCACAGUGUUGCGUAUCAAGAAAACAUGGACUGAAAGCCACACACUUGCCGCAAAGCCUCGAAAAGGGCGUCCUUUGAGGUUAUCACGAACAGCAAGAAGGUAUAUCAUCCGCAUGGCCUCUCGUGAUCGCCAGAUUUCAUACGACGCGUUGAUUGGUGCAACACCUACGCAGGUCUCGCGUCGUACGAUACAACGCGUCAUGGCCACGCAUUUCGGGCGAAAAUGGAAGGCAAUGGAUAGGCCAAAACUAGAUACUGAAUCUGCUCGUCAGAGGUUACAAUGGGCAGAAGGUUGGCUUCAGGACAUCGAAGAAUUAGAGCAGGUGAUCUUCUCUGACGAGACCUCUGUGCAGAAUAAAUCAUCCAACCCACAAGCCUAUGUCUUCCGGUUUCCUCAUGAGAAGUAUAAUAUGAGCCUCGUGAACCUCAAGGAUCAUGUCAAGCCGACUCUACAGGUCAUGAUGUGGGGAGGUAUCUGGAAAGAAGGAAGGACUCCUUUAGUGGUGAUGACACGCGAUGAAGCCGCUCAGCGGCACGGUUAUUCGGCUUGA